AUGCCCACCUCUCCACUCUUACCCUCUCGAUCACCACUUCGUAUAAGAGACUCUCAACUCAGUAAAGCUCAACAUCGUCCGAUAAACAUUGUAACUGAUGAUCAGAGGUGGAGCCUAGCUUUAGAGCUUGACGACAUGUGGCACAUGAAGCCUAUUGAAGAAUUACCUCCACCUACAACGCUUGUGCAGAAUGACAUGUUUACCCAGUUGUUAAUAUCUCAAGCUACAUUAGAUUCAAAUGACUUUGAAGUUCUCUCUUUUGAACAAGUUGAACUACUCAAAAAAGAAUAUCAGGACCUCUGCGACCACAUAUCAACGAUAUCCAGAAACAUUCAACUUGAAACACGAAUAAAAAAUAUAUCCAGAUCACUAGGCAACAUGAACAACAGUAGAGAUUCCAUGCUGUAUCUGCAACGACAAACACAGACGAACGAACUAAGAUUAAACGAAUUGAUCCAAAAGUACGAAUAUCUUUCCGCAAAGGCGUUUGACAUCAAGGAGAGCCUACUAAAGCACACAGCAGGUGUUUUAAACAAGGGCAUGCAGACAGCUACAAAAGGAGGAGAAGACGAAGGGGAUGGCGAAAUAGAAAAACAGGAGAUAUUGAGUAAACUACAUGAGAUUGUAUCAAGAUAUUGCCACUGCUCUACCCAAAAUAAAGACCCUCUUACUUUACUACGGAUUGCUGAUCAAAGCUUGUCAUCGCUAAACAAAGAUCCUAAUUUGACACCACUCGAGCUUGAUCAUGUAAAACGGCUAAAGAAUUUAUUACUAACUAAACUGACAAACAUGGAUACGAUGCUAAGUGCAUUAUGGAUGCACGCUUCGUUUUAUACCCAAAAGAAGAACGCUUACAUGUCUGAGCUAAGACAAUACCAAAGCGAACUUGCACAGCUAACAAAAUGGAAACAAGAGAAACAUAAAACACAAGCAGCAUCUACAUCAUCAUCUUCAUCAGACAAUCCAUAUAAACAACAACUGAUGGAAUUAGCCAAACGAUUUGAAUCUAAUAUAGAUCAACAAAGACGACUGGUAGAGCAAAACACAGAAAAAUAUAAGCAGAUUGCUCAAGAAUGCAAGCAACUUGAAGAGAAGGUAAAGCAAUUGGAUCAUCUUAUUGUUGAAAAGACACGGAUGAUCGAUCAACGAGACUGGAAGAUUACACGACUAAAAGAAGAACUCAAGUCGCCAAAUGAUGCGGCACAGAAUGUACAAGCUAUGUUGGAUAAACGAGAAAUGAUGUGGAGGGCACAGAAGGCGACGACAGAAAGAAAUUUUGAUACCCUACUAAACAAUUACGAUGAACUUACAAUAACUGCCAUGGAAUUUGAUUCAAACAGAAUGAAGUAUGAAAGGACAGUUGAUCAACUAAGGACAAGCAUUCACCAGCUUGAGUCGCAGUUGAUUGAAGAAAGAAUGAAAAAGGUUGGACACGGUGCAGCUGGCAAUACAACUCAACUACGGAAAGAGUUUAGAAUGCUUAUGUCCGACAUAAAAUUAACUCAUGAACAACGUAUGCAUAGAGAAGUACAAGAGAAAUUAAAGAUAAAGAUGCAGCUGGAACAGUUACAAGCUGAGCAAAACAAACAGUCGAAUAAGGUAUCACACUCAAUACAAGUGCAAACGGAUUCAUGA